UCUCCAUUCGCCACAGCUCACCAGGGACAACCUCUCGCUCUGGUCGCUUAGGUCGAUCUCUCAGCUCCAUCCAUCCAUCCAUCCGAUCCGAUUCCGAUCAUGGCAGCCAGCAGCAGCAAGCAGGCGUCUCUCGCGCUCUUCCUGGCGGCGCUGGCGGUAUCGAGCGCCGUGAUGGCGAGCCUGGCGCCGGGCGCGGGCGCGGCGACGACGACGUGCGCCCCGACGCAGCUGACCCCGUGCGCGCCGGCCAUCAUCGGGAACGCGGCGCCCACGGCGGCGUGCUGCGCGAGGCUCAAGGCGCACCCGGCGAGCUGCUUCUGCCAGUACAAGAAGGACCCCAACAUGAAGCGCUACGUCAACUCCCCCAACGGCAAGAAGGUCUUCGCCGCCUGCAAGGUGCCCCUGCCCAGGUGCUGAGCGCCCGAUCGGAUUCCGAUCCAGCUCGCGUUCUGGAUCGACGCCGCGCGCGCGCGCGCGCUCCCGUGCGAGCACACCCGAUCUCUCGAUGGCAUGGCUCGCUGGUGCUAUCUGCUGUGUACUAAUAAAAGAGCAGUGAUCUGCUCAGAGUUCGUACGUAAUAUAUACUUGCUGAGAAUAAAUUGAGACGUAGCAGUGCUUGGGGCCUCGGUACGUUGUGCAGACCGCAGACUUGAUGUAUGUAUCGUUAUAUCUGAACACUUUUUAUAUAUGCAGUAUUUGUAUGAGCUUCUGUGAA